GCAGCAUCUACACAAACCAGGCAGCGAUCAGAAAACACUAAGAAAAGAGUGAACUAGGACAUGGACAAGCUGACCAACCAGUGAAAAGUGAACCAAGCACAUCAGGGGGAGGAGAAUCUGAAAUCGAGCCAGUGACCAGACGGGAAUUGAAGAGGAUUGUAGCUGAAUCAGUGGGAAUUUUUCUUCUAUACCUCUGGAAUCUGUUGUACGCUACUUGGAUAAAAAUGAUUUCUCCAGUGAAAAAAACUGUUGAUGCUGAAAAAUCAAAAGACAUCACAACAGCAGAAGGACAUCCUGGAACCAGUUUUUUGGAACCAUCUCCAAGCAGUGGGAAGGGCUCUGACUCGUCAACUGGACAGACUGUUGAAAGCAAAGAGGUCCCCAGUGACAGCAGCAGUAACAUGGUCAAAGAAGAAGCUGAUACCGAGACUAAUACAAGUCCAACACUUCAGAUUGCUCCAACAGAAACCAAAGAAGGACAUAAGCCACAGGAGAAUACAGCUGAAACUGAGAGUGGCUCAAGGAAUAAAGAUCCUGAUCAUCCAGAGAAAAGUGAUGGAGAACCAGACUUCAAACCUCUACCAGCAUCUGGAACCAAUAAGAAGGGAGAUGAGCCACAGGAGAGUACAGCUGAAACAGAGCAGAGGGAUCCUCUUGAUGAAGGCAGUGAUGUUCAUCGCUUACAGACUGAUGACAGUACAACAGUAGCAGAAGAAGAAUCAGUCAAAUCUCUAGAACAAUCCACUUACAAAAAGCAAGGAGAUGAGCUGAAAGAGAGCACUGCUAAAAAAGAGCAAAAAAAUGAUCUAGUGAAGAAACACACUGAUGUUGUACUUUCAAAGAAUGAGGACACCCCAACAGCUGGAGAAAACAUUAACCUCAACUCUAAAGAGAAUGUAACCUCAGAAGGCAACAUGAGCGGAAACAACGAGAAUUCAGGGAAGAUUUCUGAAGAAAUCUGUGGAAAGCUAUGUCAAAGAGAAACUGAGGCACUGCUUGACAGACUUCAUCUUAAAGAAAAACUUCAAGACAAGUUGUCACCAACAGAACUUCUUCAAAUACAACCAACUGUAAAACAGCACCAUGUGACAUCUGAAAAAGAUGUAGCUCACACUUUUCUUCAUAGGCUGAUGAUGUUGGACUACAGGGUCAGAUAUAUUCCUUUAAGACCAGACAGUGCUGAUGUGACAGGUCCAAAACCGGUUCAAAUGACUGACAUCACUGACAAUGAAUUUAAUAAUUUGGUGGCUUUACUGAACACCGGUGUUGAGAGAGAACAGAAAGAACAGACUCCCAUUCAUCCACUGGACAUUCAGAUGGCAGUAUUUCACUGCUCAGACAGUUUUCUUAAACAGAUGAUGAUUACAAAGCUUUCUCAAUGUCAGUAUGCCUUACCUUUUCUUGUUCCUGACCCAGUCACAAAGGAAAUUGAGUUUCCUCUGUGGACAUUCAGACAAAUAACAAAAAGCUGGAAGGUGAUGCAAACCAAAGAUGAUUCAAACAUUGUCACUAUGAAAAAUAUUCCAAUCUACAAAGCUGAAACAUCUUUGGUUUCAUUUUUCCGUCUGGGUUCUUUGUCAGUGUCAAAAUCUCAGCUGAUGAACACUUUGAUCAACGACCGUCACAAUGCUUUCUUCAACAGAAACUGUCCAGGAAGCACCAAGUCUCGUCAUUUGAUGGAUGGUGUGGCAGAGAUUGCCUGGUACUGCCCUGCUGGAAAACCCAAUGAUACCUUCAAUGACUGCAUUGCCUUUUGUAAUCUCCAUGGUGAUGCUCUGUUGACUAAAAAACAGCGUGACAUACUGAUUGAAAAAUCCUUCAUCAAUAUUUUUCUUGUGACAUCUCUGCAAAAAAAUACAGAAAGUCGGUCACUUAUAUCGUCUCUCUUUGCAUCUCAGAAGCCUCUCAUUUGUCUCACUGUUGAUGACAGCUGUGAUAUUAAGACAAAAAAUGGAAAAUACAUAUUAGGUCUCAAAGACAGAAACCAGCCAGAUGUAUCUGAGCAGCUUAAAAAGAUCAUUAGAGAAGUUUUGUCUUCUCUUGAUGGUUCCAGCUUGAAACCAUCCUUCCAGCUUGAAACCAUGGCUGAGCUCUCUGAAAUCAAAGUGGAUGAAACUGACCCAGCCUGUCAAAGAGGGAAAUCUGCUGCUAUGAAAAUAACCGAUCUGCUUAAAAAGGAUAACAUGGAUGUCUCAAAGAUCAAAGAUGAAUUUUUCCCUUGUCAAGGCAAACUGUGGCAUCAGUGGAGCAAAAUACACAAAGAACUGUUUCAUCUCAGAGGAGACAUUGAAAUGGAGAAAAGUCAAAAGCAACAAGAACUGAUGAACAUACGUCAGGAACAAUGUGCUGCUUCCUGCAGUAAACUGAUGCAGUUGUUCACUGGAAGUCUCUCAUUACUGCCACCAACAGACAGAGAGUAUUUCCUAAAAUGGAUUCAGAUCUUAACAGAUGCCCUCUCCACAGAUGAUCUUUCUUUGAUUCUCAAAAGUUAUGAUGAAAAGUGGUCUGAGGUCUUGGCUUUGAAGAACAAACAUGACAAGUCAGAUCUGUUAUUAAGAAAACAAGCUGAGCUUGAUGACAUAUCAAAAAAACUUCAGUCUGCAAGUUUUGGUUUGGAGCACAUCUUCAGAGAAAUGGGACAGAUCUAUGAAGCCCAUGAAACAACACAAAGACUGAGCAGACACACUGACUGGUCUAAAUACCCUGAGCUGGCUGCACAGCUGAUGAUAUCAGGACACCCGAUGGAGCUGAUGGAUGGUGAUGCAGGUCAUGUGCCUUUAACAUGGAUCUCCAGUCUUUUAGAAGAAGUCAUCAAGAAACUGGGGGACCCGAGAGUUUUUGUGUUGUCAGUUUUGGGUCUACAAAGCAGUGGAAAAUCAACAAUGCUGAACACCAUGUUUGGGCUGCAGUUUGCAGUGAGUGCUGGCAGGUGCACCAAAGGUGCCUUCAUGCAGCUGCUCAAAGUAUCAGAGGAGAUGAAGAAAGACUUGAAGUUUGACUAUGUUCUAGUGGUGGACACUGAAGGACUGCGUGCUCUUGAGUUAGAAGGUAACAACACUCUUCACCAUGACAAUGAACUGGCAACAUUUGUUGUUGGUCUGGGAAACCUGACACUGAUCAACAUCUUUGGGGAGAAUCCAUCUGAUAUGCAGGACAUCCUGCAGAUUGUUGUUCAGGCUUUCAUGAGGAUGAAGGAAGUUAAACUUUCUCCCAGUUGUGUGUUUGUUCACCAGAAUGUCACAGAUGUUGCGGCAGCAGAGAGAAACAUGGAUGGAAAGAGACGCCUGCAGGAAAAACUGGACCAGAUGGCCAAACUAGCAGCCAAAGAGGAAGUUUGUAAUGCAGAGUGCUUCAGUGAUGUCAUUGAAUUUGAUGUUCAGAAAGAUGUGAAAUACUGUGCCCAGCUGUGGGAGGGCAGUCCACCCAUGGCUCCUCCAAAUCCAGGUUACAGUGAGAGCAUCCAGGAAGUGAAGAACACCAUCCUCUCUAAAGCUUCAAAGUCUGCUGGGAUCACUCUCUCACAGUUCAAAAUCAAAAUUCACGACCUGUGGACUGCACUGCUGAAUGAAAGUUUUGUUUUCAGUUUUAAAAAUACACUUGAAAUUGCAGUGUACAGAAAACUGGAAGUCCAGUAUGGGAACUGGACCUGGACCCUGAGGAGCAACAUGUUGACCAUUGAAAACCAACUUCAUAACAGAAUUGAAAAUGGGCAACUUGAGAUGGUUCAGUUGAGUUAUCUUAUUGAAGAAACAAGCCAAACAUAUCGAGAGAUCACAGAAGCAAUGACAAAAUACUUUGAGGAUGACAAGGAAAAAGAAAUGUUGACUCAGUGGAGAGGACGAUUUGAAAUCAAAAUUAAAGAGUUUCAUGAUGAACAGGUGAAAAGAGUGAAAAGAAAACUAGAUGAAGUUAUCCAGCAGAAGAAAGCUUGUAGAAAACUGGAUGAUAAGAAGUCAGAGUUUGAGAACAAACUGCUACAGAAGAGCAAAGAGCUCGCUCAGCAGCUGAAGGAUAAGGCCAAAGAUGAAGACGAGCUUCAAAGACAGUUCAGCUCUGUUUGGAGCGGCUGGGUUACUGACUUAACAGCAGAUAUAAAACCUGUUGAAGACAUCAACUUGAAAGAAGAUCAGUUAACCAUCCUUCAAGAACUUGGUUUUGAGCCAGCUCUCAUAGAUGAAUGUAAAACAAGUGGCAGAUACAUGAAAUUAUCAGAGCUUGGUGAUUAUUCAGAUUAUAUAAUGACAACUGGACAAAAAUAUCUGAGACAAGUGGUUGAUGCUUACCAGAAAUACAAAUCAAGUGGUGUUUUUGCGUAUGAAGAACAACAACAGAUCAGAUCGCUCAUUGACAAAGCUGAAAAAGAGUCACUUGAUGCAAUCCAAAGCAAACCUGUAGCCACAAGAGGCUACACAUCAACUUACUUGAUUCAAGGGGCCAAUCAUGUAACAGAAGAAGUGCAGAAAUUUCUGUCAGAGAGGAAAUAUACUUUGAAGAAGGAGUUUACAGUUGAUCUCUUACUGUAUGUGUUCUACAGGGCAGAAAGUUGGCUUCUAGAGUCCCAUAAGAAAUUCAAAGUGAUCAAUGAUGCAAUCAUUUAUUUAGAUGGCAAGAAAACACAGUAUUACAGAGUCUUUAGAAGUUUUUGUAAAGAAAACUCAUCUGCUGUUGUGUUUGGAGAACUGAUCUGUGAGAAGCUGAAAGCUUCCAGUAUUGAGGCUGUCUGUAAUAAGACUGCCAUUGAUCUUGCUGGAAAGAUGAGGUGUAAUUUCUCUGCAUUCAAUGGGAACAGACUGGAAUUGGACAAACAUGUGUUAAAGUCACUCGCUGAGAAAGAAGAUUUUAAUGAGUUCAUUACCUACAUCACAAAUCCAAGGAGACAAACAGAAGCUUUCAUUGAAGCAGAGGUUAAGAAGUACAUCUUCACAAGUCAUACAGAUGAAGCUGUGAGCAUGCUCCAGAAAAAUGUUGAUGACAUCAAAACAAGUGUGUGUAAGGCUUUAUUUACUGCAACACAAAAAGUUCAAACUCAAGAGGGUGACACAGAUAUGUGGCUGAAGGAAUUUUCUAUUGUGCUAAAGGAUGAACUAACAUUUGAUGCCAUGUGUUCUGAAAACUUCAAUGACAUAAACGAUUUUGAAUUUCUCAAAGAAGAGAUAAAAAAGGGAUUUUCAUCCAUCACUGAGGAAAUGAGCAGCCUCUCACUGGAUAAGCUGAAGGAAUCCAGGCUGAAACCUGAUAAAAUCCUCACUGAUCAGCUGUGUAAGUGCUGCUGGGUAAAGUGUCCAUUCUGUGCAGCUGUUUGUACCAACACCAUUGAAGAUCACAGUCCUGAUGAUCACAGUGCCCUUUUCCAUCAACCUCGUGCAGUUGCUGGGGGGACGUGGAAAGACACAAAUGACUUCUCCAUUAAUUUCUGCACAACAAAUGUUGCAAGUGAAAUCAGUUUUUAUAAUUAUGAGUCAGCUAAAAGCUUUCCCUAUAAAAAAUAUAGAGAUGCUGGUCCAAGGUAUAAAACCUGGAGAAUCACGCCUGAUGAGUCUAAAUUGGCUUACUGGAAAUGGUUUGUGUUUAAAUUUCAAAAGCAACUGGAAGAGCACUAUAAAGCAAAAUUCCAUCGCAAAGGAGAGAUUCCCAGUGACUGGGGGAAAGUCUCUAAAUCUGAUGCAAUCAAAAGUCUGAAUGAAAUGAGUCAAGCAAUCACUAAAGCCUGAUAUUUUGCCUUUGCCUGAAAAAUGAGGAAAGGUAGUUAACUAUUAUAUAAAGAAGACUGACUAGAGAAAGAGAGCAAAAGAACCAGAGUCAUAAUUCAAAUCCACUAUGUUAAUUCCAUACAUAGUAGGAUUUGUAGAAAUUAGAUAGAAGAAAAACUCCUGUGAGU